GAAAUAUAACAACUCGGUUAACAUUUAAACUUACAUUAACGUAAAUAAGGAGUACAGUGUUGGUAAAAUGUAUCUUCUGUUAGUAAUUUUGUGCUGUGCAGUGUUUGAAGGAUAUGCUUCCAAUGUACCCUUGGCUCAGCCAUGCCUGCUGGGUGAUUCAGAAUGCCUUAUCAAGACAAACACACGAAUUGCUCUCUCUAGAAUCGGUUAUGGAUUGCCCGAAUUCGGAAUUAGAUCUUUAGAACCAAUGACGUUGAGAAACAUUACGAUGGGUGCAGAUGGUUUUAGAUUAGUCUUCAGAGAAAUGAAUAUAGCUGGUGCUUCUAGAUGUAACAUUGAAGAUAUACAAUUAAAUUUCGUACACUCUACUAUGUCCGUAACUUUAGAAUGUCCACUGGAAGCUACUGGUACAUUUAAAAUGUCUGGAAGUAUUUGUUUCUUUGACGUCAAUCAUGAAGGAAAUUACAUUGUCAAAACAGAUUCCAUUAGGACUACAAUUAAUUCCAAAAUCGAUACUAUUUAUGGCGCUGAUGGCCACAGAUAUUGGAAAUUGACGGCGACGGAUUAUUCUUACGAGCCUCUAGAAAACCUUCACAUCGGUCUGGGAAGGCUGUUCGUAGGGGAAGUCACUAGAGCCUCACCCCUGUACAACGUAGUGAGCAACAACUGGUGGCCGCUAGUGUCUCGAGUCGCCGAGCCUGCUGUUAGCGCUGCAGUCGCUCGCUUCCACGAAGUUCUUCAAAAAUUCUUCCUUCGCGUACCUCUCGAACAUCUGUCCAAAUAAUUACGAAUUAAGAUGUUUAUGUCUACUAUUCGAAUUCCUGCUAAGAUUUUGUUUCCUUUUUAAUUAUAGUUAAAUGUUCUUUCAUGUCGAAAUAAAUUUUACUACUAUGAAUAAUAUUAAAUCUAAUGAAUUUAAUUUAAUGUAAUUUUUAUUGCAAUGCACACACUAAAUACUGUUAAGUUGAUUAACGUAUUCACAUUGUAGUCACAGAACUACAAAAAAAAAAUCAAAUUAUAGUCAUUUCAGUCUUCUUACGUUAUCUUAUUAUAUUCUAAAAUAUAAAAAUAUAGCUUUAACCUACAUA